GUGUACAAAAUGUUGGCGUCGAUCACAGUGUUGAUGUUCAUUAGCAGUAGCUCUGCAUCCAAUGACCACAUGCUUCAUAUUAACCAAGAUAAACAACACUUGCUAGAUUGUAUCGUCAACGUCACAGAACAAUAUUUCGCAAAAGGUGAAGAGAUUACCUACUUUGAUAUAAAUUCUGACGACAAUCAAGUGCUGCAGGUAGUCAACAACAAUAUGCACGUGUCGCUCAUUUCCAGGACGCAAGCGAAGAGGUUAAAGACAGUCCAAAACGUCGGCUACGUCAUUUUUGCAAAACACGCCAAGGAGCUCGUCGAGAAAUUUACUAACUUCACACGAGAGCCGCAGUGGAACCCUUACGCCAGGUUUCUUAUCAUAAUCAGCACAUUUGACACUAAACUUGAACAUGUAUUCAAUGUUCUUUUAAAGUUUCACGUUGUAAAUGUUGUGAUCGUGAACGGGACGGGCGACUGUGAUCUGUACACCUACGAUCCGUUUGAAAACAACGGAUGUGGAAAAAAAUACGCCAGAAUUAUCCAAUACGGAAAGUGCAGGCAGCCUGCGGUCACAAAUUUAUUCCCAAACAAGCUGGUCGCCGGUCUCCGUAACUGCACGAUAACUAUCGGGGCACCACACUGGCCACCGUACAGCAUCGACCCCAACAAGAACACAACAAAGCUGACGGGCAUUGAACAGUACAUGUUCCAGAUCAUCAGCGAAUUGGAACAUUUUAAAGUUCAAUAUGUUUACAGUGAUGAUGCAGAAAAUUUUACUACAGUUAGUGAUGACAUGUCGGUUGUGGGCCCUCUGGCGCUGCUGCAGUUCAACAAAGUUGAUAUUAUUUUAGGCGGAAUGAUGCUCAUAGAGUCUAGAGCGAAUGCAUUCGACUACAUUUGGUCGCAUCUCGCAUACGUAGACGAUCUUCGCAUCAUGGUGAAGAGAGCGACCGACGUGGCCAGUUGGAAGAACGUGUAUUUGGAGUUCGAGUUCACCGUGUGGAUGUUGCUUACAUUGGCGUUUGUAAUUUAUUCCAUAUUAUUUUUUGCAUUAUUUUCAGUAAAGGACAAGCAUUCGGUAAUGUUAAAAAUGUGGGACAGUUUCUUUCAGCACGGACACGUGAUACAUGGCAGGUUUCCAAUAAGAUGUUUCUUCAUUUCGUGGAUUUGGUUCGCGUUUCUUGUCAACUCGUACUAUCAGUCGAGCCUUGUCAGCUUGAGCACGCAUCCCGCGAAGGAUUAUCAGAUUUCCAAGGAGGAAGACUUACGUUCUUAUAACGUGAAGGCUUGCGUGUGUCCGGCUAUAGAAACGUUUCAAUUGGCCGAAGGGAUGAAGCCGUAUUUGAACGAAAUAGAUGGGUGUGAUGAUCUUUUGGAAAGUAUCAACAUGGUUAGUCAGUACGAAGGUGUAUUCACAUUGACUAUAAGCAACAUAUAUUUGUAUUACAAGCAUGAGUUUUAUAAUGCGUGGGGGACACCAUCGAUUUACUAUUUCCCCAAGCCUAUCAGUAAGGUUAUAUUUGCAGUUUACUUGUACAAGGGGUUUCCAGUGUAUGAACGGUUACAUACGGUUACGUUACGUUUGCGAGAGAGUGGACUCCUGUCGAAGAUCACAUAUGAUCUGUAUUACGAGCAGACCUUAAUGCAUUACUUUCAUCAGAAACCUUUGCAUUUGUCCCUUAUAAUUCCGUGGUACAUAUACGUGUUUGGUAUAUGUUUGUCUGUAGCUGUAUUUGUUUUAGAGAUAGUGGUCGUAAAACUUCGAAUUAGGCAUGAAUCAGAACAUUAG